AUGCCGCAACAAAUCUGCAAUCUGUUCCUGGCCAAGGGGGCUCGGUCAGGACAACUCUCUCAUCGAUCCCACAAUGCCCUGUUUCAUAAUGAGGUUAUAUUAGUAGCUCCACAGCGCCAUCGACCAAAACCACUUAUACGACUCGACCAAACAGCGGACGAGUUCUAUAGGGCUAUGGACGAGAUGCUGUUACAUCCUGGAUAG